GGAUCCGAUGGACCCCGGCGGGGCCGCCAUUUUGGAGUCUUCUCUAAGGAGCGUCUACCGGCUUUAAGCGCUGGUGCCGCCGCUCCCCGCGGCCUGGCUGGGCGGAAUGAAUGUGAUAGACCACGUGCGAGACAUGGCGGCCGCGGGGCUGCACUCCAAUGUGCGGCUCCUUAGCAGCUUGUUACUCACAAUGAGUAAUAACAACCCUGAGUUAUUCUCCCCAUCUCAGAAGUAUCAGCUUUUGGUGUAUCAUGCAGAUUCUCUCUUUCAUGAUAAGGAAUAUCGGAAUGCCGUGAGUAAAUAUACCAUGGCUUUACAGCAGAAGAAAGCCCUAAGCAAAACUUCGAAAGUAAGACCUUCAACUGGAAAUUCUGCAUCUACUCCUCAAAGUCAGUGUCUUCCAUCUGAAAUUGAGGUAAAAUACAAAAUGGCUGAAUGUUAUACAAUGCUAAAACAAGAUAAAGAUGCCAUUGCAAUACUUGAUGGGAUCCCUUCAAGACAGAGAACUCCAAAAAUAAACAUGAUGCUGGCAAACCUGUACAAGAAGGCUGGUCAGGAGCGCCCUUCAGUCACCAGCUAUAAGGAAGUACUGAGGCAGUGCCCAUUAGCCCUUGAUGCCAUUCUAGGUUUGCUGUCCCUUUCUGUAAAAGGUGCAGAGGUAGCAUCGAUGACGAUGAACGUGAUACAGACCGUGCCUAACUUGGAUUGGCUUUCUGUGUGGAUCAAAGCCUAUGCUUUUGUACACACUGGUGACAACUCAAGAGCGAUUAAUACCAUCUGUUCACUAGAGAAAAAGUCCUUAUUGAGAGAUAACGUGGACCUCCUGGGAAGCUUAGCAGAUCUGUACUUCAGAGCUGGAGACAACAAAAACUCUGUCCUCAAGUUUGAACAGGCACAGAUGUUGGAUCCUUAUCUGAUAAAAGGAAUGGAUGUAUAUGGCUACCUCCUGGCACGAGAAGGGCGGCUGGAAGAUGUGGAGAACCUUGGCUGCCGCCUUUUCAAUAUUUCUGAUCAACAUGCAGAACCUUGGGUGGUCUCUGGGUGUCAUAGCUUCUAUAGCAAGCGCUAUUCCCGAGCCCUCUAUUUAGGAGCCAAGGCGAUUCAGCUGAAUAGUAAUAGUGUUCAGGCUUUGCUACUUAAGGGAGCAGCACUUAGAAAUAUGGGCAGAGUCCAAGAAGCAAUAAUCCACUUUCGGGAGGCUAUACGUCUUGCACCUUGUCGCUUAGAUUGUUAUGAAGGUCUCAUCGAAUGUUACUUAGCCUCCAACAGUAUUCGAGAAGCAAUGGUAAUGGCUAACAAUGUUUACAAAACUCUAGGAGCAAAUGCACAGACCCUUACCCUUUUAGCCACCGUUUGUCUUGAAGACCCAGUGACACAGGAGAAAGCCAAAACUUUAUUAGAUAAAGCCCUGACCCAAAGACCGGAUUACAUUAAGGCUGUGGUGAAAAAAGCAGAACUACUUAGCAGAGAACAGAAAUAUGAAGAUGGAAUUGCUUUGUUGAGGAAUGCACUAGCUAAUCAGAGUGACUGUGUCCUGCAUCGGAUCCUAGGAGAUUUCCUUGUAGCUGUCAAUGAGUAUCAGGAAGCAAUGGACCAGUAUAGUAUAGCACUAAGUUUGGACCCCAAUGACCAGAAGUCUCUAGAGGGGAUGCAGAAGAUGGAGAAGGAGGAGAGUCCCACGGAUGCCACUCAGGAGGAGGAUGUGGACGACAUGGAAGGGAGUGGGGAAGAAGGGGACCUGGAGGGCAGCGACAGUGAGGCGGCCCAGUGGGCUGACCAGGAGCAGUGGUUCGGCAUGCAGUGAGGCAGGCAGCAGCUCCGUGGCCACACUGGCCUGCCCUGCUCUGAGCACUUCCAUGGACUGAAGGAACCCGUAGGAGCCUGCUCUCUGGGAGGACAAUGAUUCAGCAUGUGAUUGCAGCAGGGGUCUCUGCCCUUUGCUCUCUAUUUCUAGUAGUGACUUUAUUUUUAAAAACCGAGCCUGACCAACCUUCCGUAUAUCUCAACCCUCCCCUGCUCCAGCCAGGGAGGACGAGUGAGCACUCUUUAGAGGCCCAUGGACGUGUCAGCUUCUGGACAGAGUGCUUUUUAUAGAACUAAUUUCUAAAUCUGAAGCUCAAGGAAUAGACAGUGUUUUUUUUUUUGUUUUUUUUUUUUUGUGACAUUAUGGAUGGGUCACCCAGAGCAAGAGUGUCAUCUCCCAACAGCAGCAGGGGCUGGCCCUUUUAGAAAGGGUUUGCUAUCCCAGAAAUCACCAAUCUGGGUUUUCCAAACUUCCCUAGUAACCUUGCUUCCUUCUGCAAUGUUAGUAAUGCCUUAAGCUGACAAUUGCUAUUUUGCAGAACAGUUUUCCUAUUUGCUAAUCUGGUAACUUGCCUAUGAACCUGGGCUGGAUAUGAGAGACAGGUGUGACCUGGAGCAUGAACAGAGGUGCAGCUGGGGUGAUUAACUAAUAAAACUUUUUUGUACAGUAAUGGUGUUGGGUUGAUCAGAUUGGAAGCCCUUUAUAGAUUUUUUUUUUUGAUCUCUUACUUACAAUGUAUCGAUUCAACCCUAGAAUGAUUUGCCAUAGAUUCCCUUUUUCCCAGAGUGUUGGGAGCCAGGAGGAAUGGGAACCUCAGGUAAUACAGAGUUGAUUCAUCUAUUUUGCUUUUUUUUUUUUUUUUUUUUUUGGCCACAGCAUGCAGUAGUUUGAUGUGGGAAUUUAGUUCCCAGACCAGGGAUUGAACCUGUGCAGCAGCGGAGAAAAUGAUGAAUCCUAACCACUAGACAGCCAAGGAACUGCUCCAUCCAUUUGUAUUUUUAAUUGGUAAAUUCCCUAGUCUUUGGCCAGAUUUAAGACCAUUGCACCUUGUCUUUGUCAGGGGUGCUGAGGUCGGUGUCUUGGUUUCAGCAUUCUGUUGUGCUGGUCAAUGGGGGGGAUCAUCUGGCCUCAGGUGUGGGGAGACUUUACCCAUCCUCUCCACCUUGUUUAAUAUGUGAUGCUUUUGACUAAUCUGGAGGUGAAGGUCGGAGGCGGUGGCACAGCUGAUCUCAAAUUCUCAUUAAAACAAAAUUAGUCAAAGGUGAUAAAAAUGUGAAUUUGAUAUAAAUGAAAAGUUCUGUCUUAAAGUGUAAAAGCCUAGAAAUGUACAGUAGUUGAGUUUAAAACAUCUUGUAACUGUAAUUUAAAAUGGGCAAAAAGUUAAAGUAUCUUUCAGUAUGAGAACUAAAGUCUGGGCAGCAUUGUUUGAUGGAGCAGUUUUUUAAAAGAGCCCAGCAGGCAGUUGGAGUCAUGCCCCAGCCAAGACACAGUUGUCUUUAGUGUUCACUGCAGAAUGCAGCCUCAUGUCCUUCCUCAGCUGGCCUCUGAACAGCCAUUAUCAGUGCUUUGAAAGAAAAGCUGAAAUCUCUCUGGGAAGAAAGCCCUGCCCCACCCUCCUGACCUCGUUUCUGCAUGUCAGGCUCAUCACCUGAGAUUCUCCCAGGGUCAGGCUGUGCCUUGGAGCCCUGGCCUGUGCAUCAACUUUGUUCAGCAUCCUCAUAUUCCUCUCCUUUCAUCUCUGCUGGGAUCCCUUCUGUCAGUCUGUCCUGUCCAUCCCAGCAACACCCAGUGCUGGAUUCCUCAGGCCUCUCACACCUGCUGCUCCAUCAUUUCCACCUUGACAGUCUUGGUGUGACAACUGGGUUGGAAGGGCAACUGAAACUUUUUAGAGCACCUAACAGGAUUGAAAACACUUGUGGUUCACAUCAGAGAACUGGAUGAGUUUGACUUGGAGGGUGCUGAGACUAUCCUGCCGCUCUCAUGAACAAAAAACCUGAGAGGGGGAGUUCCCCUCGUGGUUAACAAGUCCCGACUAGGAACCAUGUGGUUGUGGGUUCGAUCCCUGGCCUCGUUCAGUGAGUUAAGGAUCCGGCAUUGCUGUGGGCUGUGGUGUAGGUCAAAGACGCAGCUCGGACCCCGCGUUGCUGUGGCUGUGGCAUAGGCUGGUCGCUACAGCUCCUUGAUUAGACCCCUAGCCUGGGAACCUCCAUAUGCUGUGGGAAGCGGCCCUAGAAAAGGCAAAAAGACAAAAACAGGGUGAAAAGCUCUAGGAAGCAGGGACAGAAUCUGACUACCCAGUUCUGUGGUUGUCCCACUGAGCCACCUGCCAGGAGACCAAGCAGCUUGAUAUGGGAUGGCCUUCCAGAUGCUUGCAGUCACCGUAGAUAGCCUUUGCUGUCUGGAGUUGCACACAACAAAAAUGGGGAUGCUUUAACUCAUUCCUAUCAAUCCUCCCACCUCCUUCCAGAUUGUUUGAAGUAUAGGUUUGGAAUCAGACUGAGUUGGAUUCUCAGCUAAAUCUAUCAGAGUUCUGGAUCAGUGUAGGUAACCUCCACUCUCUGGGCUCCUUCAUCCACCUCUGGACUGAAGACUGAAAAAAUCCUCUGGAGUUCAGAUGGUUCCAAUGUGAACAUCAUCACCAUCAUCAGGCUAAUGGAGAUGCUGCAUCGCCAGUCCUUACCUGGGGAAUUGGGGGCUGGUGGUAUCACUCUGAAACUUCCUUGUUCUUCUCUCGUGGAAGUCCCUCUGCUGAGCAGGGAGGCAGGGUCCUAAGGACUGUUUUGUGCCAGGGACUUGGUAGAUGUGGUCCCUAUGGGGCUGAUGUCAGGAGUUUUCCUUGCCAAUCUUGGUUUGGAGGCCACAAUCCUGCCUCUGAAUUCUUCCUCAGAGAAUGAGGCCAACUUUUGCCCAAAUCUGUAACCGUAGCUUGAAUAUGCUUCUCAAAGAUACAGAUUUUUAGGCUGGACCCCAAACCUUAAUCCAGGUCUGGAUCCUAGACACAGGAGUCUACAUUUUUAAUGCCACCCCAGUUUACUCUUCUGAUGCAGGUUUUCCCUGUGCUACAUGUUGAGAAACCUUGGAGAAGGGUUUGAAAGUCCCAGAAGUUGCAGGCUUAACUUUAGAGAGUCUCGGGUCCCUGCUCUGCAGUUGCCUGUGUUUUGGGAGCAACUCCCACGACCAGGUCUCUGGAGCCCAUGCCCGCAGCUUGCUGAUCCUGAAACUGCACAUAGUACCUGCUGAACAGCAACUGCAUUCUCUGCUGAUGACAGGCGAUGAGGCCUGACUGAAUAAGCAUCUUACCUUGGCCUCGGGGGACAGCAACCACAACCUGGCCCAACAGGAAUCCUUGGCACUGGGAGGGCCCAUUGAGGUUUAGAAUUCUAGGUUGCUGGUAAUUUUAGCCCAUGAAGCUGUCAUCUCACUAUUUUCUGGCCUUUACUGACUGUUGUGAAGUCAGCAGUGGGCUGUCACACCUAAAAAGAUUUCGGCCUGGAAAUUUGGGAUUGUCUUGUAGUUCUUUGUGCUUCUACGAAGAUUUUUAAAUAUAUUUGGAGAAUGACUAAGAUAGUAGAAUAGGAAGACUCUGAGCUCAUCUCCUCCCAUGGGCACACCAAAAUUACCACUAUUUACUCGGCAGCUAUUGAUGAGGAUGACCUGAAGACCAGCAGGAAAGAUCUUCUACAACUAAAGAUAUAACCAAGCAGGAACCGUGAUACAGGCACUUUCCCGUCUCCUGUCUGAUGUGGUGACUCUUGUGUUAAUUAUCUCUGAUGACACACUCAGCUUUUCUCAUACUGGAGGAGAAGACAGUGGAACCAGGGCAGGAGUAUUUUACAGAUUUUACAUCACACAAGCAACCUACUUCGCUGCUCUCCUACUCAGAAAGUCAACAGGAAUUUCCUGUUUCUUUUAUCCACCAAAGGGAAACCUCAGGUACAGGGCUGGCGGUCCUCAGUGCACAUCACCUGCCCCUUGCGCAUGAGAACAGUCAACACCACACUGUGAACUUAUCAUAGAAUAGAUUUAUUUACCUGAAACCAUGUCUGUGCAAUACUUUUUACCAGCACAGAAAUAAACUGAUCUCUAUUUACAGUCUAAAGUCAAACAUGCGUUGUGAUAAAUUGACGUUUAGCAUUUUAUUAAUAUAAAUGCAUCACAAUAUUCGUAUUGCACCAACAUCUGUCUACUGCUUUUGAUUUCAUUAAAUAAGUUACAUUUAAUACAGUGCAAAAUAGCUGUUUGCACACUCAAAAAA